CAAAAUCACAAAAACAACACACACAAACACAUUUGCAUUGGUUUUGAUCCAUUUUUCUAUGCAGCAGAAAGGAAGAUCAUUCAAUAGCAGAUCAAGAUCAUUCACUAGAGCUCGUGUAGCCAUUGAAGGCUCAUAGUCAUUAAUUAAUCAAAAAAUAUAAUCAUCAAAUAUACUUAAAUAUAUAUAUAUAAAAUAAAUCUCAUUUCCUAAUAUUUCUCAAAUCUUUAAUAAAUUUUUUUGCAUAAAGUUUGCAUCUUUUGGUUCUUGAUUAAUAACCCAUCAAAGAUAUUAAUUUGCAAUGGCUGCUGUUCUUAAUGGUGAUGAACGUGAGAUUCAAAAGAAUUACUGGGUGGAACACUCUGUUGAUCUUACUGUUGAAUCUAUGAUGCUUGAUUCCAUGGCUUCUGAUCUUGAUAAAGAGGAAAGGCCUGAGGUUCUAUCACUACUUCCAUCCUAUGAAGGAAAGCGUGUCCUUGAACUCGGAGCUGGUAUUGGUCGUUUUACUGGCGAACUAGCCAAAACGGCAGGCGAAGUCAUAGCCCUUGAUUUCAUUGAAAGUGUGGUAAAGAAGAAUGAGAGCAUCAACGGGCACUAUAAAAAUGCCAAAUUUAUGUGUGCUGAUGUGACGUCGCCAGACCUAAGCUUUCCGGCUGAAUCAAUCGAUUUGAUUUUCUCAAAUUGGUUAUUGAUGUAUCUUUCUGACAAAGAGGUUGAAGAUGUUGCAGAAAGAUUUUUGAAAUGGGUGAAGGUGGGAGGAUAUAUUUUCUUCAGAGAGUCAUGCUUUCACCAAUCCGGAGACCAUAAGCGAAAACAUAAUCCUACACACUACCGUGAACCUAGAUUCUACACAAAGGCCUUCAAGGAAUGUUACGUAACCGAUGCAUCUGGGAAUUCCUAUGAACUUUCUCUAAUUGGAUCAAAAUGCAUUGGAGCUUAUGUCCGCAGCAAGAAAAAUCAAAACCAGAUCUGCUGGAUAUGGCAAAAGGUGGCUAGUUCGGAGGACAAUAGAGGCUUCCAGCAGUUCUUGGAUAAUGUCCAGUACAAAAGCAGUGGCAUUCUACGGUAUGAACGCAUAUUUGGACCUGGGUUUGUGAGCACAGGUGGAAUAGACACCACAAAAGAAUUUGUUGCAAUGCUGGAUCUAAAGCCCGGCCAGAAAGUUUUGGAUGUUGGAUGUGGCAUUGGGGGAGGCGACUUCUAUAUGGCAGAGAACUUCGAUGUUGAUGUUAUUGGCAUUGAUCUUUCUGUAAAUAUGAUCUCUUUUGCUCUUGAAAGAUCAAUUGGGCUCAAAUGUUCCGUUGAAUUCGAGGUCGCUGACUGUACUAAGAAAUCAUAUCCAGACAAUUCGUUUGACGUUAUCUACAGCCGUGACACCAUCCUCCAUAUUCAGGAUAAACCUGCUUUGUUUCGAACCUUCUACAAGUGGUUGAAACCAGGUGGCAAAGUUCUCAUUAGUGAUUACUGCCGAAAAGCUGGAAAAUCGUCUGAAGAUUUUGCAGAAUACAUCAAGCAAAGAGGAUAUGAUCUCCAUGAUGUUGAAACUUAUGGAAAGAUGCUUAAAGCUGCUGGCUUUGGAGAGGUGACAGCAGAAGAUCGUACUGAACAGUUCAUUGAAGUCCUUCAGAGGGAACUAGAAAGAGUUGAGAAGGAAAAGGAAGAGUUCAUCCAAGACUUCACUGAAGAAGACUACAAUGAUAUUGUUGGUGGUUGGAAGGCAAAACUGGUCAGGACUGGUUCGGGGGAACAGAGGUGGGGCUUGUUUAUUGCGAAAAAGAAGUGAUGGCAUGAUGGGUAUUUGUAUUUCUAGUAUUUGUAUGUUAUGAACUCAAUUUCUAAAUAAAAAGACUGGCGCCUGAGGCUCAGCUAUCUUGUGGGUUGUAACUUGUAAGUACUAUGUGUGUUGUAGAAUCACUUCAUUGGUUUUCGAUGUUUUAAUGCAUUAUAUGUGCUUUCUACAGUGUA